CUGGACGUCGCUGAGGCACAAAUGCAAGCAAUGCCAUGGGACGCUGAUAGUGAGUCAAGGCUAAAGUGAUAUAAUGUGGUGGGGGAAGGGAAGAAGGAAAGAGGGAGAAGAAAAAAGGAGGCAGACUCAAUGAGGGAGGUAGGAAAAAUAAAAGCUGACAGAACAAUAAGGCAGAGCUGCACAGGAGAGAGAAAAGGGGCAGUUUGAGAUAAAGAGUUGCUGAAAAAGGCAGGUACAGUCGCAUCCUGCUGGCAUUCAAAGAGAUAAAGAAGUGGGAGGUGGCUGUGUGUCUACGCUUGUCUAUUUAAGGGUGAAAACCUUAGGAGAAACUUUAUGGGAGGUGGUAUUGUCAUUCAGCCAGAGGAGGAGGAGGGGUUGACGGACGAGAGAGCCGGGGAGGGAGGUACCGAAGGAAAAGGAGUGGCCUUCUGCAGAUAGUCGUCUCUCUCUGCCGGAGUAAAGUCUUCUCACUGUGGCAGCUUGUAGGAGGGAAAACAAACCAAAAGUCUCGAGACGCAGAACAGGGAAGGAGAAAAGAAGGAGAAGAGAAGAGAGAGAGCUGUCUUCAAACCACAUUUUCUCCCAGACUGUAUGUGGAUUAUAUGCAGUCAUGGCAUCAGCAGCUCCACCAAAAAGGAUGGUGUCCUCUGUGUUUAUCACUCUGGCAUCUCCUUACCGGGCCACUGUGACACAGCAGCAGCCUGCCCUCCAAGCUCACAGUGCCCCCGCUAGAGACAAGCAGCACACUGCUGUACGAGUCGGCCCAAGUGACAGCAUCCCCGCCCCCAGACACAGGAAAGAGGGCCACUCACCGACUGAGUCUUACGGCAGCAUAGACAGCAAAGACCGGACUCACGUGGGGGCCCUGACCCGAGCUUCAGACCCUCAGAGUCCCAAACCCGCCCAACCUGGACCCAGCAGAGGACAGCUGCAAGAAGAUGACAGAGGUCGUGCAGACCUCCCCCCACCUCUUCCUCCUCCUCCUCCUCCUGCUGCUGCUGCAAUGCCUUCGUCUCUGGGAGCAGUGCUCCCCGAAGAAUCAGCCCUUCCGCCACCUCCUCCUGCCCAGACACCUCUCUCACACCCUCUGACCCCAGGCCAGCAGCCAGUUUACAACAGAGAGGUGGAGACAAGCACACCAUCUAGUGGGUUAAACCAAGAUGAACACUCCCAUGGGAACCAUAAAAACGGCCAAGACUCAAGCUGGGAGAGUACAGAGGUGUGCGGCUUCUGUCGGAAGCCCGUGGCUCUUUCUGAACCUGCGAUAGAGGCCUUGAACAGGACUUACCAUGACAGUUGCUUCCAGUGUAGAUCUUGUCACAUUCCCCUGGCCGGUAAACAGUACUACAACAAGGCAGGAAUCCCACUCUGUGAAGACUGCUACCAGGCCAGUCUGGAACUUUGUUGGGCAUGUGGGGAGGUUAUCACAGACCAUGUGAUCCGUGCACUGGAGCGAGCAUACCAUCUUUCUUGUUUCACCUGUACAACAUGUAAACAGCAAAUUGGAGAGCAAGCUUUUGCUCAGGGAGAAGUUGGAGAAGUGUAUUGCCUCCAGGACUACUACAGGAAGUAUGCUCCAAAGUGUAGCGCCUGUAACCAUCUAAUUAUUCCAAAAGAGGAUGGUACUGACAGUUACACUGUUGAAUGUCUGGGACGCUCCUACCAUGAGAACUGCUACAGAUGUGAGGUCUGUGUCAUCCAGCUCUCUCCUGAACCAAAUGAGCACGGCUGCUAUCCUUUGGAUGGGAAGAUGCUUUGCAAAUCUUGCCAUCUGAGCCUGGUUUCUAGCCAGCACUAACACUGGCCUUGUUACCGGCGAUAAACUGCAACCCAUGGAAAAGUGUCACAAGUCCAGGUUUAAAGAGAUGGGAGACUGCGCAUGUGCAUUCAAGACUCUAGCACAUGAAUGUCGCACAUCUGUUUUCCAUUAGAGCAACAAUGAAAUAUGGUUAUUUUUUAUAAUAUAUCAUGCUUUCUGAAGACCCUCCUAUUCCUCUUUUAUACUUGAUAAUUUUGCACUCAAUAAACUCUUCAAAUGCACCAAAUAUAUUUAUGCAACAGACUUACUGCAAGAAUUAUUUGAAUUUUUGUAAGUCUCAAUCAGUAUACUGUUUCUCAAUCACAUUAACCCUUACAUUAAAAAAAACAAAACAG